AAACUAAGCGGUCAUGCCGGGGAUGUGUUUUCUUCUUUUCUGUGCGGCUUCCCUCGCCCGUUCCCCUGGCAAGUCACCAUUGGCGUUGCCAGAGUGUAGCUUCCCAGGCUGCAGGUAAGGAGCCUGCGGUGUGACCGUAUCUGCUCCUUUCGCCUAUUCCCAUCCUUUCGCAAGCGCAGGGUAAUUGCUAAUGCAGAAUGUCAGUGAACCACUUAUUUGGGAACAAGAAGAGAAACAGCUCUCUAUUAUACGGCGUGGAUCAGGCAAAAAUUCCUGCUUCAUCUCCAUUUUUCCAGGGAGCUGCAAAUCAGACUAAUACUGGAAACCAUGGAGAUGGCUUUCCACCAAACAAGCGUUACAAAAGUCUUGUUCCUAAUGAGCAGAAAGAAAUGGAAGAUCCUUUUGGGGAUAGUGAUGACUUUACAGCUGAUGACUUGGAGGAAAUAGAUAUUAUUGCAUCCCAGGCAUUGACGCAAAAUGUUGCUUUGCAAACAAAUGUUGUGAAAUCUGAGCGGAAUGCGAGGCUAUCUUCCCCACUGAACAACACCAGCAAAUCCUCUGAUCACAUGAAGCAAUCAAAUGUUGCCCUCAUCACUGGCAGAAAAGCCCAAAUUGCAGGGUGCAGCACAGAGGAAACAUCAUCCAAAGACAAAUUGAGACUUGAAACUCUUCAAGCGCAAUAUGAGGAAGCUAAAAGAAAGGUGCAAGAAAUGCAAGAUGAAAUCCUUAUUAAAAAUGGAGAAAUCAGAAUUUUACGGGACUCAAUGCAGCAGAUGGAAUCUACUGUGGAGGAACAGCGCAAAUCACACAUCCUACUGGAAGAGGAGAAAGACCAGCAUUUAAGAGAAAAGGAAAAGGAAUUCUCAAAAAAAUUACAGUCAAUACAGUCUGAGUUGCAGUUCAGAGACGCUGAAAUGAAUGAGCUGAGAACGAAGCUUUUGAACUGUGAACGAAUUAAGCCUAUUACACCUACAAUUUUAUAUACCAGUCCUAAGAAGAGUCCUCCUAGCAUUGUAAAAAUUGAAAGAUGCACUCAGAAUGAAAAGCAAAAUUAUCCUACAAAAGAGUCUUUUGGAUCUGAGUUAUCCCCAAAAGCGUCUUGCUCAAAAAUCCUGGAAUUUGCUCAACCUCUUUGGCUUAAUAAAGACAGUAAGAAGCCUCGCCUUGACACUGAACUUGUGAAGCAAGCAAUGAGUUGCGUCAGUGCUCAAAGACAAGGUUCUAUGCUGAUAACUGCAUUGAUGAAACAGCCUGUUAUUGAGGGGUCAUCACUUGGACUCUGUUAUCUUCUUAGCCAUCAUGUGGAAACUAGGCCUGGGCCUGUCUUGCAGUCUAAUUCUUUCAGCACAGGCUGUACACGAAUCUUCAGUGAUAGGAGUACCAGCUAUGAAGAACAGGAAGUGGAAGAGGAGACAUCAUUGAAACUUGCUCAAAAACUUGCCUUAACUGGGUUGAAUUUGAUUGCUAUGGAUGACAGCUCUUUGGACGAAAGCUCUGAGGAGAACAAGAGGCAAAUAUCCCAUCUUAAGUGCUAUAAAAUCCCUGGGGCAGUUCACCUCCUUCCUCUCCUGGAAUACCACAUUGGCGCAUACUGUAAAGCUCUCCAGUUAAUCAUGAAGACUGGAAUCACUCCUGGAAACCAGUCGGCUUCUUCCAAUAUGUCCUCAAGUACAAGAUCAAGUGUAGAUGAUUUUCAAUCUAACCUGGAAGAGUUUGCACUUACAUCUCUGGGCAUUCUUCAUUACUUGGUAUUUUAUAGCUGGGAUGUUGCUUGUACAAUGCUCUCCCAUAAUAUGAAAGCAGACUGUGGUUUAGGAGGUGUAGAGAUUGUGGAAGAGAACGAAACUGAUGGUUGCAACGAGCAGUAUAGAGACAAUCUUCAAGAACCCAACCCAGAACAAGAUGUUUCUAAUGAUGACAGAUCCCGGCAUCCUUUAUUUAAACACCUGUUGCAGCUCUUGACUUUAUGUACUUCAGCAGUGGGAUGCCAAAGACGCUGCAUCCUGAUUCAGUGCCUCAAAAUUCUGGUGAAAUUAGCUGAAAAGGCAACAGUGGGUUUACUGAUGGGCUUUUCAGAGUUGCUGAAUAGCCAAGUGCAGGUCCUUCUCCGCUGCAUAUCUUCCGAAGCUCCUGUGUUUGCUGUCCUUUUGGUGGUUAGGCUGUUAACUUUGCUUGUUGAACACCAGGACUUAGCUGCUCGUCUCUGUACAACUACAGAAAACUGUCUCCUCUUGGCCCUGUACAUGUAUAUUACCUCGCGACCAGAUAAAUCAGCAUCUGAGACUCUUUGGCUUCAAUUGGAACAAGAGACAGUUCGCUUCCUGUCCAAAUGUAUGCAGUGCUGUAAUAUUUCUCUUGUUGGAAGAGAUUGUCAGUGCAAUCCUGAGGUAGUGAAGGCCCUAAUUAUAAUGUUACAUAGACAGUGGCUGACUGUCAGAUGGGUGGAAGGAAACUUGUUUGAUGUACAUGGAAAGCAAGUUGUUCAGUUUUUACGGGACACAGUUUUGCUCUUGCACAGUCUAUCUCAAAAAGAUAAAAUGUUCCAUGAUCAUUGUCUGGAAGUCCUUCAUCAAUACGACCAUGUCAUGCCUGGCAUCAGAGCCAUCCUUAGAAAAGUUCCAAAUCUGAAAGCCUGUGAAGAGCUUGCGCUGGAAGAACUGUAUCCGUUGGAGGCAGAAACUGAUGAUCAAGAAAUGGAUUGCAGCUAAUUUUAAGAACAGUAAUGCAACAACUUCUUAGAAAAGUAUAAUUUUUGAAAUUUAACUAGAAUGCAACUCUUUCUUGUGGUUAUAGCAUAAAAAUAAAUGAAAAUCUGGUUAAAGAUAACUUUACAUAAACUGUCAAUGUAAGUGUUAUGUUAGGUUUUAUUGAAUGAAUUUCCUGUCAGAUUCAAGAUAAUACAAUAUUGACAUAUGAAGAAUAUAGUAUUAAAAUAACAAAUCUGAAAAGCUUCAGAAAAUGCUUAAUGGCAUUUGGAACACUGCUCUCGCUAGAUCGCAGAGACUAUAGUCCUGUGCACUUUUACCUAGGAGUAAGACCCAUGGAAUAAAAUUGGCUCACAUAAAUGUACAUAGAAGUACACUGCAAAUGUUGUAGGCACUUGCUGUUCAAUUUGAACCCUUUAAAGUGUAUUGUUUACAAUGCACACAUGAUUUAAUGGACCACAGGUUUGGGUUUUUUUUUAAUUUAAAAAACGUAUUUCACUGACCUGCUUUUAGAGUACUUGAGUUUUUGAAAACAUGCUUGCCUUUAAACAACUUGAUAUAUAUAAUAGUGAUAGAAACAUCAAAGUGGUUUGUAAAUAUUGAAAAAACAUGCAUAACAUGGAAGAUGCAUCAGUUCUAACAUAAUGCUAAAGCAAAGGUAGGCAACCCCUGGCGGAUGUGCUGACAGCAGUAUACCAGACCCAAGGCCAGAUCUCUGCCCACACAACUGAGGCACUGACAGCACUGCUGGGCUCCUUGUUGCAGAAGAGGGUGACAGACAUGGCUUAUGUCCGUCAUCACCUCCUCCCAGCCAUCAGUGAAUCCCGAAGAUGCUGGCCAUGCUUCUGGGGCUUGGCUUCUACAUGUGGAUCUGACCAAAUACAAUCCUGACCAAAUACAAAUUAAAUGGAAGAUGCUCUUCCAUUUAAUUUACUGGCACACCAGUGCUUUUGCAGGUAGACAUUGCAAUUUUUCAGCAGUUGGGCUGAAAAGGGUUCCCUAACCCUGUGCUUAAAAGAAUAUUGUAUGUCUUCGAAGAAACACAGCUAAUCUUUUUGGUUCAGGUGAUUGAGUUUUCAUCUUCCUUAACAUAUCAUACAAUGACAGCUCCUUUCUCAUGAAGUACUGUUGCUUUUUUCUGGGUAUCCAAUUUGGGGGGAGGGUACUGUCUGCAGAAGUGAAGUAAUAGUUCCAGAAAGUUGAAUUAACUGUAAACUUUUUAUAUAAUUGUGAGGUUUAUUUAGGUAACUUAAAUAAUGUGUGGAGACAGGUCAGUAUAUGUAUCCAUACUAUGAAAUAGAAUAAUCUGAGAGACGUUUAUUUUGGCAUUGGUAGUGGAGAAAUGAUUCCAAGGAUGGGAGAUAGAAGGGCUCUUCUCUGCCAAAACUAUUCCGUUGAUAAAUACAAGCCCAGCAAACUGGUUGUUAACCAUCUUUCAUAUACAGAUUUGGAAUCUUUCCAGAGAAACAUAAGGGGGGGGGGAUGUCUAUUGAACAGGAGUCUGCGGUUUUUCUUCUUUUUGUUCUUAGCAUUAGCACCUCACCAUCUCCCAGCACUCAAAGUGCUUUUUAAAUGCCUGAAAAUGGAGAUGAUUUUACAAUAUAAAACACAGCUGAGCUGAGAUAAUGGAAUAAUGGAGGUACUAAGGAUUUCUAAAUUGUUGCUCAUCGAUUUUUAAUGGCUUCAGCUCCAUGGAAGCCCCUCUAGCUUCUCCCUUUUUAUCCCAGAAAUUAAAUUCACCACUUUGACAUCCAGUGGUCUACUUCAGUCCUUCUCCCCACCCACCCGCCUUGGAUUCAUUUUCUCCUUCUAUAUUUACCAUGCUCCGGUAUGCUAGAACCUACCUAGUAUGUAUAUCUUCAUGCAGGUCCUUCUGGAACUGGAGAAGCAUCUGUUUCCUGUCCGCAUCUCAUACUCCCUUAGAGACCAAGUUUUGAAAACCUUUUGUAAAAAUAAUUCUAUCUACUAAAAUUUAUGUAUGCCAUUCUU